AUGGCCUCGAUAGCAGUGCCAGCCCCUGGUGCCACCUUCCCCGCUCCCGAGACCGCAAAUCCUCAGGAGCUUUCCCGUUCGAGCUCAUCAGCCCAACCUAACUUUGAGUCUCUGGUAAACACGCCCGUGUCUUCGCACCCGGACGAGUCCCAGGCAUCUGAGGCUGCCCUAAAUCGUCGUCCCUCUUCGCCAAACCAGACCAUACAGUCUAUCUUAACCGCUACAGGCGAGCCAGAGGCAACUCCAAGCGCUCUGUCCUCUCAGGCCGCUUGGAAUUCUACCACUAACAUAGGCCAUCCUUCACGGGAUACUCACGGUGUUUUAUCAACGCCGUCAACUGCUCCGCCGCGCACGUCUACUAAGCGAAAGCUUGACGCGUCAGAAGGGGAUGAUCCGCAUAACAAGAUAAGACGCGUUGUGCGCGACCACGUCUCUCAACAUGCCUCUCGACCGAUACCCAUGACCACUGUGCUAUGUCUGCACGCCGCGGUCGCACAAAAGUCAUACGGCACCGAGAAACGUUUUCUCUGCCCUCCACCCAUCGUCCACAUCGAAGGCCCUGUGUGGAACAUGAAAAACCAGCAGCUUUCCAUGACGGUAGUCUCGGAAGGUGGUGAACGCUCAUACGAGCAGAGGGCACCAAUCGACCAUAAUCUCUCGGCAAGUUUCAAGUUCUUACACGUUACCGGUUCAGCGAAGUCCAAGAGCUUCCAGCUGUCGCUCGAUAUCGCAGAGCCUCCUCCACCUACUACGGAUGGCAGUGAACCGGCCAAUCCCGGGCGGGUUUGGGCUUCGUUCGACUCUGCGCCCGUAACUAUCAUUUCGAAGCCUUCCAAAAAGACGGCGAAAACACGUAACAUCGCCUCCUGUAUUCUUGCUGGCGGGCCAGUGUCCUUAUUCAACCGUAUCAACUCUCAGACUGUCCGAACGAAGUACAUGACGGUGGACAACGGCCAGCUGUGCGCGAGUAACGUCACAUGGGCUGCUUUCAACGUCUCUGUUGUUCGGCCGCAGGGAGAACAGCCUGCCAUUGGUCCUCAACCUGUGACUUAUGGAAGCGAAGUAAUCUUAACCGAUACCCUUUCCGGCAUCUCCACCUCCCCUUUGACUAUUCGCAAGGUUGACAAGGGCAGGAUUGCUCCUGAUGACGGUGGGCCUGUCAGCCAGAUGCAGAAGAUCGCUCUGCAGCGGACCAACACGGACGGUACUCGUCACUAUCUGUCGGCAGCUAGUCCUGUUCCAGGCCAAGGAGCUACCCCAGGCCAGACCCCGGCGAAUCAGACUGGCACGCACCCGCUAGUUUUCCAGGCUCCUCGGGUCCGCGAAGAGACCCGCGACGGUGUUCGAGUGAUCACGGACGAAGUCGAUGAUUACCUGUGCUGGACCAUCGUCGGAAUCUCAAAAUUUCAAUAUACCUUCUUUGAUGCCUUCGGCCACACCGACCCGCCUGAGCUGCCUAUUACUCCCUUCCCGACACUCUUCACGGCUCCCGCCCUAGCUACUGGCAAUGGCUCUGAGCCUUGCACCCUGGACUUGACAGUCGCGAACUUCUUUUACGCGCAUCCGCACACCCGCGAGCAGACGCCGCUAAGCAUUUAUCUGGGCAACCUCGGACCUCUCCGUCACCAAAUGAACGCGCCUUAUCCGCCCGGCCCUCUGACGAGCGUGUCACCGUACGUACAGGCUAUUGGACCGGAUGGUGUGCAGCGCGACGAGCCUAUUGGUUCUGGGGCGUCACCACUCGACCGGCCUCCAUAUAUGGGUGCGGGGCCCAUUCACACCUCAAUUACCGUCGACCUACCUCCGGUGGCUGACAUUUUACGAGCGCUACAAGAAGACCUUGAACCGCCGGCGCGCGACGCACCAGGACCGCAGAACGGUGCCUCUGCCGAUCCCAAGGUAAAUGUAGCGGCACUUAACGGUCGCAGUCUUCCCCUGUUGUUUAUCCGGGCGGCGGACGGCGUAGGAUAUCAUUCGGGCAGGGCUAUUGCGGUGGAGAAUAUAUUCCAGUCCUUGGAGAUGAACGGGCGUACGGAUGACCAAGCUUGGCUUGCUCAGGCACAAGGUCUGGAAGCAGCGAUGCACAGUUGGUCGCUCAGAGUCAUAUAG